AUGCCAAAUCUAUACGGUCUAUUAUGUUGUUUGUUUGUAAUUGUGUUUUCAUCGAAUAUCAACAAUAUUUAUGCCCAAAAUGAAUUCGACUUGGGAAAUCUUGGUGAUGGUUUUGGUUCCGGCGGUGGGGGUGGUGGUGGAGGAGGACCGGGAGGAUUAGGAGGCCUUGGAGGUCUUGGAAAUAUCCUUGGAGGUGGUGGACCAGGUGGUGGCGGUUUUCAAGGUGGUCCAGGUGGCCUUGGAUUCGGUCUUGAUGGUGGCCGAGGUGGAGGUGGUGGUAAUGUUCUUCAACAAUUUGGUGGUCUUGGUCAACAAGGUGGUGGUGGUGGCUUUGGUCAAGGAUUGGGCCAAGGAUUAGGUCUUGGCCAACAAGGCGGUGGUGGUGGCUUUGAUCUUGGAAAUCUUGGACUCGGGAAUCUUGGACUUGGUGGUGGUGGCGGCGGCGAUGGACUUGGCCUUGGCGAUCUUGGUUUAGGAAAUCUAGGCGGCGGAGGAGGUGGUGGUGGCGGCGGUCUCGGUGAUAUUGGUGGCCUCGGCGGUCUUGGAGAUAUGGGUGGUUUUGAUCCAAUCGGAAUGCUUGGCUAA